GUCGGUGUGACCCAACAUAAGCAGAAAGCGCAAAUCCCAGCAGGGCGAAAGAUGAUGUCUCUGGCCGCUCGUUCGGGGGCUUUGUCCCCUUACUUGCAGGCGACGAAUUUUAUUGUGACUGGGCCUCUAAAAGCUGUAAUGCCCGGUGCCGUAAGUAAAGGGGAUUUAUUGGUAAAUCAGAAGAAACCUUUCUUAAGCCUCGACUCAAAGAAAGGGCCUGGAAUUUCAGCUUACGUGAACGGCUACUUUGGAGCACGCCUUGCCCACACUGAUAUAAAGGUCCCUGACUUCUCUGACUACCGACGUCCCGAGGUGAUGGACCCUAAAAAGUCCUCUCAAGAAAGCAGUGAGGCAAGGAGGACAUUUUCCUACUUGAUUACAGGCUCUACGGCCGUGAUAGGAGUCUACACCGCCAAAACCGUAGUGACACAGUUCGUCUCCUCAAUGAGCGCUUCUGCUGAUGUCUUGGCCUUGUCCAAAAUUGAGAUCAAGCUGUCUGACAUCCCCGAAGGUAAGAACAUGACCUUCAAGUGGAGAGGCAAACCUCUUUUCGUCCGUCACAGAACGGAAAAAGAGAUCGCCGCUGAAGCCGCCGUGGAGCUGUCCGAGCUUCGGGACCCUCAGCACGACAAAGACCGCGUCGUUAAUCCGUCUUGGGUCAUUGUCAUUGGCGUGUGCACCCAUCUCGGCUGCGUCCCCAUCGCUAAUGCUGGUGACUAUGGAGGUUACUACUGCCCCUGUCACGGAUCCCAUUACGAUGCAUCAGGCAGAAUCAGAAAGGGACCCGCACCUAUGAACCUGGAGGUUCCCUAUUACGAGUUCCCUGACGACGAUACAGUCGUCGUGGGAUAAAACAGUAGUUAUAGACUUUCUCUCACUCUCCUAUUAAUAUGUGUGACUGGCCAAAUUUAAAUAUUAAUAAAUAUACUUUU